CUGAGGCCGCUCCUGCCCCUGUCACACCCUCAGCAGCUGAGGCCGCUCCUGCCCCCAACACGUCCUCAGCAGCUGAGGUCGCUCCUGCCCCCAACACGUCCCCAGGAGCUGAGGCCGCUCCUGCCCCCAACACGUCCCCAGGAGCUGAGGCCGCUCCUGCCCCCAACACGUCCCCAGGAGCUGAGGCCGCUCCUGCCCCCAACACGUCCCCAGGAGCUGAGGCCGCUCCUGCCCCCAACACGUCCCCAGGAGCUGAGGUCGCUCCUGCCCCCAUCACGUCCCCAGGAGCUGAGGCCGCUCCUGCCCCCAACACGUCCCCAGGAGCUGAGGUCGCUCCUGCCCCCAACACGUCCCCAGGAGCUGAGGUCGCUCCUGCCCCCAACACGUCCCCAGGAGCUGAGGCCGCUCCUGCCCCCAACACGUCCUCAGCAGCUGAGGCCGCUCCUGCCCCCAACACGUCCUCAGCAGCUGAGGCCGCUCCUGCCCUCAUCACGGACCAUCAUUCAUUAA